AUGAAGGCGUUCGUCAUACUGUGUGUCGCGGUGGUCACCGGGGCUUUGCCCAUGGUUAAGGAGGAAGGAGUCGCGGAUAAGUUUAUUUCCACGUUGAGGGAAUGCGUGGACGUAGACACCAUGCUGUGCUUGAAGGAGAAGGCUAUGAAGUACACCGAAAACUUAGCACUCUCUAAGGAGUUGACUCUCGUUGAUGGAGUUUCCUUCUCAAGAACUGGUAGUCCCAGAUCAGCUCGAAGCUACGAACCUCUCUCCGAUGACCUGAAGGCACGAGAACAACAAGUUGAAGAGAGAAUCCUGGACAAUAUCGUAGAUUUCCUGGACAAUCACGCACUACAGCUGAGAAUGCCCAAAUCUUUCGAAGAAGACAACUCUCUCGAUGAGGAAGGUCGUGGCAAGAAGAAGAAGAAGCUCAAGAAGCUCCUCCCAAUCUUGGCUUUGCUCAAAUUGAAAUUGGCAGCUCUGGUUCCUCUAUUCCUCGGAAUCAUCGCCUUCGCAGUCUUCAAGGCUUACCUCCUCGGAAAGAUCGCAUUCAUCGCUGCUGCUUUCGGAGCCAUUAAGAAACUUCUGGAAUCAAAGAAGAGCAGUGGAUGGUCUGAACCAGCUCACGAAGAACACCACGGCUGGGAAAAUAACAGUGGUUGGGGAAGGUCACAGGACCCUCAGAAUUUAGCGUACGCAGCUCACACUAAGCAAGCGUAGAAUAAAUUUAAAUUAUUUAUUUUCGAUAUAAGAUUUCCAAGGCUCAGUUCGAAACGGUUUUGGACUCAGCCUGGAAAUGAUUUCUUUCUUCCACUUAGUCUUCUGUCAUAACCACCGUUUCUAUUAGGUGAAAUGCUUGAGUCGUAUAAGUCAGUGUGUAUGGAUGAAUGCCAGAGUGUGUACUGAGUCAGUAUUUUUAUUUCAUAGUUCUUUUAAGUAUUUGCGACUGAG